ACAACAUAACCUUAUAUUGGACGUGUUGCGAACUGUCAACAUUGUUAAUGUGCAAGUACCUAAAUAAACAAUUAUCAUAAACAUAUUGAUAUUUAUUUGCAUUAUAAAUGUUUGAAUAGUACACGGAAAUUAGUGUCGAUUGCGUGCAGCCUAUGAUUAAAUUUGUGAUCAUCCAACUAAAAUGAGGUUUAACGACAAGGAAAUAGCCAAAGUCAGUUACACCAAGGGAGAUUUAGAAGGUAUUUUGAAUCAUAUGAGACCCCAAGGAAAUGAAUGGUCUGAUUGGUAUCAACAACCAUGCUUCAAAGAAAGAUAUUUCAAACUUAAAGGCAACCUGCUGUAUUACUAUCGAGUAAAUGAGCAGGAUCAAGGUCCCUUGGGGGUUCUCGUGUUAGAAAAUGCUCAUGUUGCUUAUGAAAGGCCCCACAAAGGAAUUCACUUUGCCUUCUCCCUAACUUUCAAGGUACAAGAUAAGUUUAGAGACAAUGAAGCAAAGCAUAUAUUUUCAUGCAGAUGUGAAGCUGAUGUGAACACGUGGGUAUCAGCAUUAAAAACUUCUUCGUAUGAAUAUUGGAGAUCACAGUGCAUCAUUUUGAGGACAAAGCUCGCAAUGAAAACGGGUAAAGAUCCAAUUUUAGAGUAUCUUAAGAACCACAACUCUGAAGCAAACGUAAAUAUUAAAGUGGAAAUUAAGAAAACCAAAACUAAAGAAACCAAAUCAACAUUUUAUAGCCAAAUGGAAACUAGCACAUUUUAUAGCUCUUCUACUACAUCUUGCUCUUCUGAAAGAAAAGUUUCUUCAGUAAAUGAAACUAGCUCAGUAGAUAAUUUUAUAACGUUUUAGUUAAGACUAAUUAUUCUCUUUAACAUGUGCUAGUAGAAAUUAUGAAUUGUGUGAGUACUAUUACUGGCACAAAUCAAAGAUCCUAUUUGAUCAAAUCACACUGCCAGAAUUGGUAUUUUGGCAAUAUUGUUAAUAAUAGUAGGCUAGUCUUAAUGAGCAGGUUAUAUUAUUAUUAAAAUUUAGUUCUAUAGACCUCAAAAUAAUUCAGGAAUUUUUUAAUUUACCACUUUUUGUGAAAUAUAUUCAACUAAUAGAAAAUAGAGCUAAUCAAGGACAAUCGAUAUGUAAAAAAGGAAUCGGUUACGGAUCGGCUAAUAGUUAAUUUAAAAAUCUACCGCCAAACUUGCUUUUCUAUUACCUGGAAUUAUUAUAUUUAGGUGAUGCUUUAAAUAUACCUUAAUGUCAUAGGAUAAGGAACAGUAGAACAGAACAGUUCCGGGCAGAGCUGGGCAAAAAAACUAGGAAUAUUUAGCAAACACUAAUACUGAAACCGGUAAAGAAGUGAAUUACUUUUUUUUAGUUAUAAACACUGGGGAAAUGCAAAGCAAAAAUUACAAUAAAAAAUUAUUGUCAAUUUAAUCCUGCGAAAACAAUAAAGCAACUCAUAUUCAAUUCAACUUUUUAUAAUUUGAAUUGAAUAUUUAUAGCCGGUUAUCAUGUAAUGGCCCAGUGAGAGUCGUCACCCAGUAAAUAAGUUGUUCGCCUUAACACUAGAACUACCAGCCGGUAACUAUGACCUAGUUUUACCAACCGAUCAAAAUGACCGAAUGACUCGUGCUUGCAAACUGUUAAAUAUAAGUCGAUAAAUUUAUUGUGGAAUUGUAAAAAAUAGAAUCGUUUUACAAAAAAUAACGUUUAUUUCUUACAUUUAUUUUAUUUAUUACCGUAACCCAGUAAAGAAGCAAUUCAGAAAUCGAUUCGAUUCGGACACUUUUGUAAGUAUCCUGCCCAGCUCUGAGCGCAUAAUGUUAUAAUUCGCUUCCUAUUUUAGCAAUAGCUCAUAGAAUCUGGAUUUUCACAAUGUACAUCCGUCAUUUCUUAUUGGGUUUGUUAUAUUAUUAAUAUAGUUAUAUAGGUCAUUUGCUCCGAUAUUUAAAGAAACAUGGAAAACAGCUUCACCUCAUAAGGACUACGGUUCUAUACUAUUGCAACUAUAAAGAACUUUUACUUUUUAUAAUAUUUUUUAUAUUACUACUUGCGGUCUAGUGACCGACAUAGUUUUUCAUAUUUCUUCUCAUACUGGAGUAAAUUUGCGACUUGAAGCAAUUGUUUGUGUUGUUUGCUUUAGCACAUUGUAAAUCAAAUUGCAACGAUUCUAGUCAGAGAUUAUAUUUUCAAAUCAAUGUGGAUAUUUUUAUACAAAUAUUAAAAUUUUUACAUA